AUGGAAACAACAAAUCUAGCAAAUCGUGAAGUCACAACAAUAUUAAAUGACGCAUCUCAAAUAUCGUCGUCAUCGUCAUCUGUAGCUGAUUCUGAUGAAGAUCUAAUUUCAAAGCUUACACAAUUUGAAUCUAAUUUAAUAGAAUCAAAUGUUGUUUAUUAUAUGAUUAAAAGAAGAGUAGAACUAGAUAGUAAAUUGAUUGGCAAAAAAUAUCUUUAUAAUUUAGAUUUUCCAUUUGAGAAAUUGCCCAACAGAGUUAAUGACAAUGUAAAUAGUAGUAUAGAAUCUAAUAAUAAUGAUAGUAAAUUAUUAAUGGGUGAUCUUGAUAAUAGACUUUUAGAAAUAAAUGAUUUUUUGGAAAAUAAUUGGAGCAAAUUUGUAAAUUUGAAAAUUUUUUCUAACUCUUCUUUUAACGACCGUGAUGGUGAUAGAAAAAGAAAAUAUUGUGAAAAGGUUUUUUCUGAAUAUUUUAUGUCAGUAACUGAGUUGGCGGUAUUUUUAAAAUCUGUACAUGAUUCGGCUGAUAAGAAAGGGAAAUUGGAUUAUUUCUAUGCUACAGGGAAUUACUUGUUAUAUAUGUUUGCUAAAAUAUUAAGGCGCCUUAAUAGUAAUAGCGAUGGUGAUAAAUUAAAGGGUAUUUUCUUGAGUAAAUUUAAGUUGAGGUUUGAAAAAAGAUUAGAAAAUACUUUGAAUGCUUCGGUUGAUAAACAAUGUGUAACGAUUAUUAAUGAUGAUGAGUUUACUCUAAAUAACUUUAUAGAGUAUCUUAAUUUAAUCUCAACAAAUUCGUCACCAUCUUCAUAUAAUAACCAAAAACAACAGGAUUUCUUUAAUAAAUUUCAUCGAAUUAUUGACAAUGAUUUUAGUCAAACAUUAAUUAAUGAUAAACUACCGAUUUAUAUAAAUGAUGAAUUUAUGGAAUUAAGUGUAUAUGAUUACGAAGGUUGUGAAAAUAAACCAUUGGACGACGAAG